AUGACGACAUCCUCAUCAUCAUCGUUGCCGACCACCACAACCACAGAACCAUUCAAAUUUAGAACUCAAAUUUUUGAUCAUUUAAAAAAUGCUGGAGAAGUAUUUGAAAAUCGUAUAGCACGUCCUUUAUUAGCAUUUAGCCGAGAAUUUCGUCGACCACCAUCAACUGAUCGAUCUCGAAAUUCUACAUCAAAAAAAUCGAUUGAUAACAAUGUUGAAAUAAAACAAUCUGUUGAUAAUACUCCACCCAUUUUAAUCGAAACGAAUAACAAUGACAAUUUGAUGACACCUAAUCAUCAUACCAUUGAUGAGAUUAAAGAAGACAAUAUAGUUGAUAACAACAUACCGGUGACAACUAUGGACUCAAUGAAAACAGCAGCCGGUAAUAUUUUUAAUAGUAUCAUACAUACGUUAUCACCCAAGGCAAAUCGACGACAAUCUGAUACUAUUCAGGAAUUUCGAAAAACAAAUUGUCGUAGUUCAUCCAUAUGUACCACAACGAGAAAUGAACGUUUAAAUCAAUAUCAGCGAAAAUCAAAAUGUGUUUCAUUUGCUGAAGAUAUAGAUAUGGAUAAUGAAUAUGAGGAAAAUGAUCAAGAAAAAAUUAUAAAAAAUGCUUGUUCAGUUGCCGAUAAAAUACUUACUUCCAGUUUAAACGUAAUAACGUAUAUGUCACCUAAUAUUUGUGAGAAUAAUACUCAUCAACAAUCAACGUUAUUACCAUCAUCGUCUUCUUCAUCUUUAUCAUCAAUUUCAACUGUUAAUGAUAAUGAUUUUAAUAUCUCGUUGCAUCGUUCAUUUCGUCGUCCAUUAUCGUCUGCUAAUGAAGAACUUUGUUUUCAAGAUUUAAGUGCUGAAAUCGUAAAUUAUGUUCUAAAACAUGCUAUUAAAGUAUUAAAACAAGAACAAUUAAAUAUGAAAAAUAUUUCGAAUGAUGUUGACAACAAUUUACAAUCAAUUGAUUUGAAUAUCAAAUCAACUGAAGAUGAUGAAGAUGACAUAAUUGAUCUCAAAUAA